UCAAAACCAAAACCGAAAAAAAACAAAGAAACAUGGAGCCCGAAAAUAAUAACUUAAGUGCUUCAGCUGCGAGUAAUACCGAUGGAAGCGUCAGUUUUUCCCAUGUAACCACUGUUGCCAGAGGGUGGAUGUUGGACUUUCUGUUUGUAAGCUUGUGUCGGCGUUUCAAGGAGGGCAAGCUGGAUGAAUUUGAUGAAACGGUCUCAGCUUUCGAGGCCAUUUCUAAGAGUUCAUCUCUGAAAGUAAAACUCCAUGAUGAGAAAACUAUCAUCUGUGCCUUCCUUGCAAGAGUCAUGCAUGGAAAACAACUGGAUGUCUUUUUUGAAGAGGAUGACCAUGUGACGCCUCUGAUGUCUGCUUCUAAAAUAUGGUCAGACCUAGAGCACACUGUCGCAGACACAAGUUUGUUCAAAAGCAUCACCAUUCUUUUGCUCGUCCAGUCUGUGGCUGUGUGCUUGGAGAAAGGUCAAAGAUCUUCUGCCUCCGCUGCCCUCAAGUGGUUUGAGAAUAACCAUGAAUUCCCACAAAACUUGAGGGUUAAGCUGUCGACUGUAGUGACACAGAGAGACACGUACCACCCGUUCCUCAUGAGCUUCAGCUUCAGUCGUCUGCUGGAUUCAGUGCAGUCUUACCUGGAUGCUUACUUGGAGAAGAAUCCCUCUGACUUCCUCCUCAAGGAAGCCACAAAGGUGGUGCAGUCGUCACAGAACAUUGAAGGUUUGGAGGACGUGGUGACGCAGGAGGAAAGCUCUCUGUCAGAGGGAGACAACAAAUCACCAGAGGAGAGAAAGAAAAAGAACAACUCUCUGCAUUUAAGAACAAAGCGGAAACUACUGUCAACUAAAAUUACAGAUGUAUGGCAAAAUGAUUCAUGCAAGAAGCCUGUCAUCUCUGUCCGAAGACUCUCCAGGCAUGAGAUAACUCAGAUGACAGCUGGGACGUCAAUGGACGCCUCGAAAAUCCAAAAAACAAGAAAACCACCUCAGAAAUGGACAUCCCAACUGGACAAAUACCUCAAGGAUGGAGUUAAACAUCAUGGCCAGGGGAAAUGGUCUCGCAUUUUAAUGGAUUAUGACUUUGAAGGGCGCACUGGCACCAUGCUCAAAGACCGCUGGAGAGUUCUCAUGAGGGCACAUGAAGUAGAGUGAAGAGGGAGCGCGCCUCUCUAAUUUGUACACUGCAGCACUUUAUCUGUAAGUAGCAAUAUUGAAUUGACCCUUGUCAGCUAAUGGCUUAAUUGCAGAAGAUGUUUCUUUGAUUUGAUUUGAUUUGAUUUGAUUUAUUU